UUGACCUGAUCGUCUUGGAUCUUUAAAAACCCCAUUUUACAGAGGUUGAUAUUGCAGCAACACAUUUAUUUGUUUUAGUUUUAUGGGCUUUGCUGUCUGCUCCUUCUGACACACCAAUUCAGCACAUUUUCUAGCAGAGAUCAGUGUAAGAUUGUAGGUCGGGAGGAUGACAGCUCGAGUGUACUGCUCGUGUAUUGCUGUUUUAUUGUGUCUGUUCGGAAACUUGAACAUAACAGACGCCACUUUAGGUUUGAACUCCAUUGCAAACCUGGUGAAGCUGACGGGCUUGCUGUCCCCUCAAAGAUGUUCUUCUGAUAGAGACUGCUCUGGAGGACACGACUGCUCUGGAAGACACAAAUGCUCUAGAUUUCACUGUGAUCCUGUAUCCAGUGAGACUGUUUCCAUGAAGCCAGGUCAAUGUCCCGACCCGAAGAACAUUCCACUGUCUAAAAAAAGCUGCCAUGAUGGCCAGUGUCCUGCCACAAAGAAAUGUUGCCCAACCACCACAGUCCCCACACACUCUGAAAAACACGUCCACAGAGAGGCCCACCAAAGAGCCCACCAAGGAAGCGGCCAGGGAAGCGGCCAGGGAGCGGGCCAGGGAGCGGGCCAGGGAAGCGGCCAGGGAGCGGGCCAGGGAAGCGGCCAGGGAAGCGGCCAGGGAGCGGGCCAGGGAGCGGGCCAGGGAAGCGGCCAGGGAAGCGGCCAGGGAGCGGGCCAGGGAGCGGGCCAGGGAAGUGGUUACGGUCAGGGUAGCGGCCAGGGAGCGGGCCAGGGAAGUGGUUACGGCCAGGGUAGCGGCCAGGGAGCGGGCCAGGGAGCGGGCCAGGGAAGUGGUUACGGCCAGGGAGCGGGCCAGGGUAGCGGCCAGGGAAGUGGUUACGGCCAGGGUAACGGCCAGGGAGCGGGCCAGGGAAGUGGUUACGGUCAGGGUAGCGGCCAGGGAGCGGGCCAGGGUAGCGGCCAGGGAAGUGGUUACGGCCAGGGUAGCGGCCAGGGUAGCGGCCAGGGAGCGGGCCAGGGAAGUGGUUACGGUCAGGGUAGCGGCCAGGGAGCGGGCCAGGGAAGUGGUAGCGGCCAGGGAAGUGGUUACGGCCAGGGUAGCGGCCAGGGAGCGGGCCAGGGAAGUGGUUACGGCCAGGGUAGCGGCCAGGGAAGUGGUUACGGCCAGGGUAGCGGCCAGGGAAGUGGUUACGGUCAGGGUAGCGGCCAGGGAAGUGGUUACGGUCAGGGUAGCGGCCAGGGAAGUGGUUACGGUCAGGGUAGUGGCCAGGGAGCGGGCCAGGGUAGCGGCCAGGGAAGUGGUUACGGCCAGGGUAGCGGCCAGGGAGCGGGCCAGGGAAGUGGUUACGGUCAGGGUAGCGGUUACGGCCAGGGAGCGGGCCAGGGAAGUGGCUACGGCCAGGGAAGCGGCUACGGCCAGGGAGCGGGCCAGGGAAGCGGCUACGGCCAGGGAGCGGGCCAGGGAAGCGGCUACGGUCAGGGAAGUGGCCAGGGAGUGGGUCAGGGAGUGGGCCAGGGAAGCGGUUACGGCCAGGGAGUGGGCCAGGGAAGCGGCCGGGGAAAUUGUGGUCUGAAACUUUCAUAGGAAUUUUGCUUAACACCUACUGGAGAUCUUUUCAAUUCAGUGCUUUAUUCAUAUGGCAUUUUCCCCUUUUUGCUACAACAGUUGAGAGUUUGUCUUUCUCCCUCCUUCCCUUAAAUAAAGAGAAUUUACUUGA